AUGGCUCCAUUAGUAUAUCGUCUGGUUAGAUUGCUAUUCAAAUUAUCAGCGAAUGCAUUUUAUGCAAUUGAAGUGGAAGGAUUAGAAAACAUACCACCAGAUGGAUGCCCAACAAUUCUUUGUCCCAACCAUUCGAAUUCUUUAACUGAUCCAGUUUGUCUUUUAAGUUCAAUUCCUAGUAAAAAGAGGGAUUUGGUUCGAAUGACAGCAAAAGAUACAUUUUGGCGUGGUAACGAUUUAUUCAGUCUCCUAAUAAGAGGCGUUGGUACAGUUCCAAUUAAACGUUCAAAGGAUUAUAAUUAUGCCAAAGUGGAUAAUUCCGAAUCACUUGAAAGAUUAAUUGAGCAAGGAAAUUGUAUUUGUAUGUUUCCUGAAGGAAUUAGUAGAUAUAAUAGUCAGGUUGCUCCUUUUAAACCGGGUGUUGCACAUCGAGAAGAUUUUUCAAUUAAUUUAUUGACGGUUUCGAUAGUGUAUACGCAUCGAGAAAAAUUUAGAUCUAAUGUAUUGGUAAAAUUUAAUUCACCUAUUGUUCUUACACCAAAACAUCAAUCACUUUUAAAAAUUGAGACUGAAAAUGGUAAAAGAAUAUCUAGUGAACAAGCAAUACGUGAAUUAACAAGUGCUAUGGAAGAAUUGGUGCGUUCAAAUACGCUUGACGCACCUAAUUGGCAAACAUUGCGAAUUGCACAUACAGCUAGAAAAUUAUAUUCAGGACAUCUGGGAACUCGCAUUUCUUUGGCUGAAUAUGUGCGACUCACGAAAGAUUUUAUAAAUGCACUUGAUAAAGCGAAAGUAAAAAUUGAAAGUAAUUCUGAAAGCGACAAUUCUGAAAACGAUUCAAAUGAUGAUUCAACUGGUAAUUUAAAUGAUAUUGAAAAUGCUGAAGAAAAAGAUAUCAUCGUUGAACGUAUUGAUUCCGGAGAUUUACUACAAGUUUACAAUGAAGAAAAGGAAAAAGAAAAAGUUGAAAAUAUUGAUAUCAAUUUAUUGGCAAGAGAUUUGACUGUAUAUCAAGAUCUUUUAGAUUCAAUUGGAAUCAAGGAUUAUAGAUUCAGUUAUCCUAAACCACUUUCCACACUUAAUCUUACUGGAAGAAUUUUUUUUCGUAUAAUUGGGACUAUAAUUCUUGCCACUCUCGCAUUUCCGGGAUGGAUUCUGUGGGCUCCAGUAUUUAUCGCUGGAAAAUACAAAGAAUAUCAAAUUAGGAAAUUACCACUAGAAGAUAAUUUUGAUGAAAUUACUCAAUACAAAAUAAUAAUUGCUUUAAUAUUUUUGAUACCAAUUUAUAUAUUUUUUUUAUUUAUGACUUUUCCAUUUAUAAUGGUUACUUCAUGGUUAAUGCCAUUAAUUAUGUGGUUAACUAUUAGAUGGACUGAAGACUUUUUUCAAGCAUUUAGGUCUUGUUUAUCAUUAACAAAAUUACUUUUCCUUCCUGAAGAAGAAUAUGAUAAAAUUAAAAGCGUCCGUGAAGAUAUUAGAAAGCGAGUUCAGAUAUUAGCGGUAAAUGAACUUGGAUUGCCAGAUAAUCCAGAAAAAUUAAUUACAAAAUCUAGACCAAGAGGAAUGGGUUACUUUUCUAUUAAAAGAAGAAGAAAGAAGGAUUAUAAUGAAGUUUUAAGACUUUGGGAUGUUUCAAGUUAUGAUUAA